AUGCAGUCUAAGCACUUUGGUUCCCAGAGCCCAAGUUGUAAGAUCAUGACCUUCUACCCAACCAUGGAAGAAUUUGCGGACUUCAACAAAUACAUUGCUUACAUAGAAUCGCAAGGGGCCCACCGAGCAGGCUUGGCUAAGAUAGUUCCACCCAAGGAAUGGAAAGCCAGACAGACCUACGACGAUAUCGAUGACAUCUUAAUAGCCGCUCCGCUGCAGCAGGUGGUCUCUGGGAGGGCAGGUGUGUUUACUCAAUACCACAAAAAGAAGAAAGCCAUGACCGUGGCAGAGUACCGCCACUUAGCAAAUACUGAAAAAUACCAGACUCCAUUCUACUCCGAUUUUGAGGAAUUGGAGCGAAAAUACUGGAAAACCCGCAUGUACGCGUCCCCAAUAUACGGCGCGGACAUCAGUGGCUCUUUGUUUGAUGAAAACACGAAGCAGUGGAACCUGGGGCACCUGGGAACCAUCCAGGACCUGCUGGAGCAGGAGUGCGGGGUGGUCAUCGAGGGCGUCAACACCCCCUACCUGUACUUCGGCAUGUGGAAGACCGCCUUCGCCUGGCACACGGAGGACAUGGACCUUUACAGCAUCAACUUCCUGCACUUCGGGGAGCCCAAGACCUGGUACGCGGUGCCGCCCGAGCACGGCCGGCGCCUGGAACGCCUGGCCCGCGAGCUCUUCCCCGGCAGCUCGCGGGACUGCGAGGCCUUCCUGCGGCACAAGGCGGCGCUCAUCUCGCCCACGGUGCUCCGGAACAACGGCAUCCCCUUCGGUCGGGUCACGCAGGAGGCGGGCGAGUUCAUGGUCACCUUCCCCUACGGCUACCACUCGGGCUUCAACCACGGCUUCAACUGCGCCGAGGCCAUCAAUUUCGCCACCCCUCGCUGGAUCGAUUACGGCAAAGUGGCCUCGCAGUGCAGCUGCGGCGAGGCGCAGGUGGCCUUCUCCAUGGACGCCUUCGUGCGCAUCCUGCAGCCCGAGCGCUAUGAGCUGUGGAAGCGCGGGCAGGACCGGGCGGUGGUGAACCACGCCGAGCCCGCGGCGCCGGGUGGCCGGGAGCUGAGCGCCUGGAGCGGGGUGCACUCGCCCUGGGGAACCCGGCUCGCCUGCAACUCCCUGGAGCCGCGCCAGACCCCGCCGCUGACGCCAGGUCCAUCCGCCCCAGCUCACCACCCAACUGGCAGAUGUGCUUCUCGACGUCGUCCUCGGGAAAAGGGAAAAGGGUCUCCGCGCCUCUCGGGGGCAACACGUUCUUCCUCUGCCCCCCAGUCCGCGGAGGCCGCCCCCGCCUGCAGCUCCCCGCAGCAGGGCCUGACUCCACUGCCGACCCCAAGCCCACCCGGCAGGGAUCGCCCCGGAAAUGGCAGGCGCGGGUCUCAUCAGUGUCCUCGGGAAGAGGGGCCCAGGGAAGCUGCGGUCCGGGCCCAGGUUAGGAGGGGCCUCUCCUCAGACACGGCGCACGCAUCUCUGGAGCUCGAAGCUCAGGUCCUGUUUGCGGACGCCCCUUCGAUGGACAGCCCUGCCCUGCUGAGCCCUCGACUCCAGCAUCCUGCUAAGGCUUCCGGAUGCUGCUGUGCUCCUGAUCUUCAACCUUUGGGUCCCCCUUUGGAUCCUGGAAAUCCAAUGCACCCCGGCCCGUGCCUGCGAUCUCUGGAGGGUAUUGCAGCCGGUGUCCUUGACGGCGCCCCCUUGAUUCCUCCCAACGUCAGUGAGACUCUGACCGCGUUCCCCAGAGACGCUGCUAGGAACUGCAGGGCCCCCAUGAACUUGUGUGAGGUGCCGCGCGGGCUGGUGGAGCCGCAGAUUGAUGACCCCAACAGCAGCCUGGAGGAGGUGACGGAUGAGGCCGAGGCCGUCAGGUCUGUGAACAAACUGGGGAGCAACCAAGCCUUGAAUGCAGAUUUCCUGGGUUCUGAUUACCGAACCGGGCAGCUCUACCCCUUCUCCCUCAGCAGUGACCCCCACUCGGCCACCUUCACGCUCACAAACGCGGCUCCGAUGACCCCGUCCUUCCAGGAAAGGUGGUACGUGAACCUCAACAGUCUGAUGGAGCGAGCUCUGACCCCGCAGUGUGGCAGCGGGGACGACCUCUACAUCAUCACAGGCGCCGUGCCCUCAGACCUCAAGGUCAAAGACAGAGUGAGCAUCCCGGAGUUCGUCUGGCUGGCGGCCUGCUGCGCAGUGCCUGCGGGAGGCUGGGCCAUGGGCUUUGUCAAGCACGCCGGGGACCGGGAGGUCAUCGAGGAUGUGAUGCUGAGGGACCUGGAGAAGCUGCUUCCGUUCCCCCUUCAGCUGUUCCGGGACAACUGCGGGGAGACUGACCAAGACACGGAGAAGAUGAAAAAAAUCCUGGAGGUGGUUAACCAAGUCCAGGAUGAGGAGCGGAGGCUGGACUCUGAGGGGGGCUCGGGGACCCUCUCCAGCGUGAGGGGCACCAGGUCCGCCCUGCCACCUCCCGGGACAUCUGGGGAAGGGAGUAGCCUUCUGGGAAGACUCCUGGGCUUUGUCGCUACCCCGCUCAUCAAGGUCUGCCAGUUAAUUUAUUACCUUGCCUUCGGGAUCCUGAAGUACACUGUGUAUGUCCUGUGGUAUGUCACGAAGCAGGUGAUUAACGGUCUAGAAAGUUGCCUUUAUCGCCUGGGGUCAGCCACCAUCACCUACUUCUUGACCAUCGGGGAGGAGCUGGGCAGCAUUCCCUGGAAGGUCCUCAAAGUCACGGUCAGGAUCGCCAGGGCCGUGCUCCGGAUCCUCUGCUGCCUGCUGAAGGUGGUCUGCCGCGUCGUGGGGGUCCCUGUCCGGGUGCUUGUGGACGUGGCCACGUUCCCCGUGUACACCAUAGGCGCAGUUCCAAUCGUCUGCAGGGACAUUGCCGUGGGCCUUGGUGGCAUCCUCUCUCUGCUCUUUGACACGGCUUUUGGCACCAUGGGUGGUCUGUUUCAGGUCAUUUUUACUGUCUGCAAGCGGGUUGGCUACAAGAUUACUUUUGACAAUCCUGGGGAGUUAUAG